AGCUGAGCCAGCCACUUCAUUUGCUGGAUAAGACAGACAGUUGUGUACCGUAUGAUCUCACUUAAUCGUUUUAAUAAAUCAAAUCUUAUACUGCGGAUUUGCCGUGGGCCUACAGCCAGCUGUUCCCUGGAAAUGUCGUAUAGGGUAGACAUUUGUCCCGCCGCUGUCGGAUGCUGAAACGCGCAAUCAGCCUGUGGAUGCUUGAUGUCCAUUAUGAAACGCAAUGCUGCACUGGGCACCGAGUAGGCGCAGCGCUUUUGAGAUCAAAUGAAUUACAAGAAAUCAAUUUAGCUGCAAAAUACUCCUGUGGCGCGGACGGUUCAAGGUGGUCCAGCAUCUUUCUCCUCAGCCCUCCGCUUCCUCUCUUUUCUUGGAUUGUGGAUAACAAGCAGCCUUCAAGACGGAGGGGGUGGUGGAGCAUCGAGGAAAAAAUAGGGGCAAUAUGAGAGAGCGGGACUUCAUGCCCAAUAUGGAGAGGGGCAAACCUGCUACUUAUACGGGGGACAAAAAGGCUAAGAUGGCUGCUAAGACUAACAAGAAGUGGGUGAGACUAGCCACUGUUUUUGCUUAUGUAUUGUCCGUGUCUUUAGCAGCCAUUAUUCUGGCAAUUUACUACAGCCUGAUCUGGAAACCAACCAGUGCAUCCUCAUCUGCGGGGAAGCCGGGAGUACCCGAGGAGGUCACCCCCACCGCAAACAUCUCAACUAAUAUUUCCACAAGCACCAAUGCCACAGAGUGGAACUCUACACAGACUGGACUGCUAUCUCUCAACCAGACCAGGCAGGGCACAACCCCGUACAGUCAGGCGUUUCAGUGGGAUGACAGAGCCGAGAGUGUGGCGGUCUCUGGAGCAGAUAUUGCGCACUCGCAGCAGGAAGACGGACUCUACGCAUCUUCCCACGGUCACACAAGCGCGGAGAGAUCGGACACUUUGGGGAGACAAAAACACGAAGUGAGCCUCUAUAUGCCGUCAAGCACCAGGGAGUCUGGGCACGAGGAGGAGGAGGACAGGGAGACGCACAGACAGGGCGACGGGGCCACUGACAAAAGCGACCCGGACCUGCAGGCGGCUGCAGAUGCUGCCACAGUUGCUCCAACAUCCGCGACGAGCCGAGCCGACCUGAGAGGAGACUGAUCGGGCCUCAUCCCCUCCAUCACCACCACCACCACUACCACACCCCCUUCUCCCUUUCACACACACAUAAACUGACCCAAGGAGUGUUUUACAGAAUCAGUGCCGCAGGUCGGAUCACACACACAGGUCACCUUAACCUGCAGAGCCUCUUAUGGAUGCUUAACUGCACAUAUUAACUGACAUCUUGCUCUGAACCCUCAUAAGACAAGAGGAGACCUCGCUUCUUCAGUGAACACUGUUUCCCCCCUCAACACUAACUAUGCGGUUUUUUUUUUUGUUUUAGGCCAUAUGUAUGCCUUAAAUCAAUGUGUGUCUACUUUACCUCGGACAGCUUCUGAGGCCACUAACCUGCCUGUGCGCGUGGAUAACACUGGUAUAGAUAUUUUGUUAAAUGAAUAGGACGCAGACUGCAGAGAUGCGUUUGGUUUUUGCAGGACAUAAAUAUUCCUCACAGGCAUACAGCGCUUAACAUCACUGCCAUUCAUCGGCUGGUCUAAAUCAAUACUGCGUUUUGUUUUGUUUUUUGCAUUUUAACAUAGGCUGUGUUUUCUGUUCAUGGAUCAAACCUGGAGUAGAAGAAGCCGCAUUAUUGAGUUAUGCUCAGGUAUGUGCAUAUAACCAUGUAAAUGUAUUGUGUAUUUGGUUAUGUACAUAUAGGGCAGGCAUACAUCUUUUUGGGCCUCGAUGAACUUUUAGUGUAAUUAGAUGAUUUUUAUUAAAGGUACAGUAUGUAUAAUAGGUAUAACUAUAUCACAAGGUACAAAUAAACAUCCUUAGAAAAUCAUUCCUAUGGUUUUAUAGUAGAUCUAUGUAAAUCAUGAUUUGAUCACUGACAUUAUCCUGUAUGUUAAUGAUAUUUUAUUUAUUCAGAGCCAGAAUGGAUAAUAUAUAUUCAAAUAAAUGUUAGGUUUUUCCUAACA